AAUUAAAUAUUAAUAUGUAAAUUACAUAAAAUUCGCAAUCUCCACCACCUGCAAAAAAAUAACAUCUUAAAUUACAUGUUUAACCUAUUUAAUUACCAGAUGCAAAUAUGUUAAAUAAGACUGUUGGAAAUUCAGAUCCAGAGAUUGGUGGUAAGAUUGUUAAAACAGAAAGAAUCACGGCAUUUAAGCAAAAUAAAAAGUUUCAUAUUAAGUAAGUUUAAAACAACACACAUAACAGAUUGUAAACAAAUCAUCCACGACUUUUGUAAUAAGAAAAUGAUGCUUUAUCUCUGAUAUUGUAGAAAUAAUCUUAAACAUCUACAUCAGAGAAAGUUAUUACAAGUAUUAUCUUAUUCAGAUAAUAGAAUAAUUAGUUCAUGAUUUAAGAAAUAAAAUAGAUUAAUAGGACUCUGUUAUUAGAUUAUAAGAGUUUAAAAUUAAUAGAUUAUAAUAGGAGCUCUAAUCUUCAAAAUUAUAUUGCUCAAAUUUAUUAGCUAAAAUAUAUUAAAAUGAUCCUAAAAAUUAAUACAUUAAUACAGUGAAAGUUCCAAAAAUAGGCCCUUUAUUUUAAGAGACUACAUAAUUAAGUUCCUUAUAACCAUCUUUAUUAAGGGCAUCCAAUAAUAAUAAUGAUGCUACAAGAAUUAAGAAUUUGUAAACUUAAAUUAUUUCAUUCAAAUAGUAAUAGUAAGAAAUGAAAAAAUUUAUCAAAGAAACUUUUUUGUCAAUAAAAAAGAUUAUUUAAUCUUUUGAAAUAUAAUCGAAAGAAAAAAUUUAGGCUUUUUAAAUGGAUUAAAAAAUUAUAUUAAAUUCUCUUCAAGAUAUUAUUAAAACAAAUAAUAUGUAAUAAUAUUUCUUAUAAAAUAGAAAUAAUAAAGAAGAACUGAGCAAAAUCAAUUUAAAAGCUGAAAUUAUUUGUUAAGAAUUAAUUCUAUCUGAAGCAUAAAAAGAGGUCUACUAUUAAAAAUGUCUUUCAUUAUUAAGUUGA